AUGUCCAACCGCGAUGAUAUCAUUCAAAGCUUGAGUCGAGACCUCCCUAAGAACGGUAUCAGAGAAAUCUCCCCCGCAGGCCCCGAAACACUUGACCUGUGUGACUUAUACCUACCACAUGCCCAAGCCGUCUACGGCAAUGGGCAGUAUUUAGCUAAGGAAGACCUUUCGCAAGCUGAUCUAGUGGAGAAGCUGUCGUGGUACUUCAAAACGCGAGGCAGUUACCACACAGCCGUGGCACUAGCUGAAGAAGCCGUGCGAUCGCGAAAGGAAGCAAACUAUCUCAUGAGCGUCGAGAACUUAAACGAGUGCUCCCGCGCUGGGAAAAGUGGUAUUCCGACUGGGAAGAAACCCCUUGGGUUUGAUCAUCAGCUCACGCUACGGUCGCUUUCAAAUCUGACCGCCUCAUUACGCUUCGCGGGGGAGUGGGAAGCAGUGAGGGAGAUCCACCAGCGCAUGCUGAGCACGAAGGAGAAGACGCUUGGAGCAGAUCAUCCGUCUACCGAAUCGACUGGGGAAAUUUUGAGCUCUAUUGAACAAAAUUUGGGAUGCUAUAAGAAAGAACCUGACGGGGACAAGAAAGUGCGAGGAUUUUCAAUGUUCGCAAGAUAUAAGACAACUCGAAGAAAAGCCUGGGCCCCGGUCAUGAUGUUUGUUACGAAGAAGAGCAUGCGCAAUAGAGUCGCCGUGGUCAAGAGCUUGAAGCGCAGGGCAGGCCCUGAGCAUCCGAGGACUGUCAAGGCAAGAGAAGCUCUGUGGUCUGCGUUACGGCGUUCCGGAGCGGAACAGGAAGCUGAAAGAGAACUGGGUUCUUACAGUGGGAAUACUAAGGGGACGUAG